AUGGUUUGUUUUAGAGAAAUAUCCGCUCGUACUCGUAUCAGUGCGGGGCUUCGGUAUAUAAAGUUGCCAAUUCUCGCCAUCAAACACACAUUCGUCAGCUCAACCAUGAAAGCCGCUCUAGUACUGUGCUGCCUCGCCGCCUUUGUGGCUCUCCAUGCCGCCGACUACGUCUGCAAUCGCGAUGGAAACAAUAUGCCCGACUGCACCAACUCCACCAACCUAGGAGUAAAGAUCCGCAACUUCUGGGACCCGACCCGUUAUUGGUUGUGCAACUCAACAACUAGCGCCGCACCUGCAAGUGUGAUAUGUGUAAAAAAUUUCGAUAAUGGGACGAUCGAAUACCAAGGAUUCUUUGCUCCAAAGGGCGAUUGUGUUUCCUGGUCUGAAUGGACAUGGACUCAACCUUGCGCCUAAAUUAAUUCAAUUAUUUAAUGAAAAAUAAAAAUGAUUGCAUGCUAA